AUGAUCUUGUCUAUGUCAUUUACGCGACGGCCGCUCAGGCUAGCGAGAUGGUCUCAGAUUCGCACAGUGUCUACCCUAGAAGGCAAUCCUCAUAUUUAUGUUUUCUCGAAUAAACCCCAAGGCGGAAGUCAUACUUUGUCGCUCUUGUCUUCGGAGCCUGUCAACCCCAAAACAGCCAUUGGUGUCACAUCCAAGCUACCUCCUUCGACGGACUCUUUCAGGGAGAAUCCGAACUUCCUGAAGAUCCUACAAGAGGUCAUUUCUGAGUACGGCCACAAAGAUCCGGACGCUAUCUCUCAAGCUCAGGUUAUGGUUUCCACAUCUGGGGCUAAUAUAAGCUCGGGAGGUGUCCUAAUGACAGGACAGAGUAGCCGAAGACGGCGAGAAAGCAAGGACUCUAGUGGAGGAGCCAGUGGCCAGGGUGGUGUCGGCUCUGCUGGUAGAGGCGGCUGGAUACACCUUUCCGACAGCAGGAGACCCCCGGAGUAUGGUCGUAUUGCAUGGCCCGAGGAUAUUUUUGGCAGUCUAGAAGUUGACGCGAACGGGAAUUUUGUCGGAGUCAAUGGGAAUUAUCAGCCAAGCGGUACGGCACCUACAGAAUCGUCACUAGGGACGGAAUACUUGGACUGA